AUGGGCAAAGACUCGUCCUUCCGCAUCUGCAUCGCCUUGCUCCUCAUAGUCCAGCUCGCAUGCUGGUCCCUAACCCUGCUCGACCUGCUGCACCCUGGCAAGCCACACGCCGUAAUGCGCAACAUCAUGGACCUGGUCUCGCUCUUCUUCUCGCGCCAGUCGACAACCGCGCUGCUGAGCUACCGCGAUAUUAAGGCAUUGAUGUACUGA